AUGAAUUUUUGCCGAAUUUGCAUCCCGCAUCAAUUUCGGCUGGCCCCAAAAAUCAUUCGUCAUUCUCUACUAGCGCCUACCACGAAUGGCCCUUCCGAAGCUGGACGUGAACGUCAGAGAGCUGCACAAGGACAUCUCUCGGCACGGGCGUUCUACAAAAGCCUGCCGCGCCAGCUCGCCUUGCCGAGGGGCCGCCAGCAAGCGGCCGACAAAUUCACGGGCGAGUUGCGGGACCUCAAGCCCGAGAACAAGGAGGAGCGGCCCACCACGAGGGCCUGCCGCCACCCCCGCCCGCCGCCCGCUCGUCGCCUGCCGCCCGCCCGUCGCCCGCCGCCCGCCCGCCGCCCGCCGCCCAGCUCGCCUCCCCAAGAGGCCGCCAGCAAGCGGUACGUGACUAAAGCGGACAAGUUCACGGGCGAGCUGCAAGAGCUCAAGCAUGAAAACAAGGAGCUUCGCGAACGGUUAAUCCGGGGCGGCCCG